GUCAUGAUCAAUAAAGCAAAUUGAAUUGCAUUGAUUGAGUGGAGCAUGAGGGGUGCUGGUGUGGUGAGAUGGGUGUGUCGUGUUGUGUAGUGAUGAGGGCAGUCUGACAGACUGUAGCUACACCAGCUAACGUUAAACCCUCUCAUCUCAUUCUGACAGUAAAACCAAAAGAAGGUGUUUCUUUGUUGGGCGGGUCAGUUUGUGCCUGAAGUCCCCCUGGACCUAACGCGUACUUUAAGACACAUACUGUGACUAAAAGCAGCCAGAAAUGGGAUCAGAAGUGGAAGCGCCAAUGAAAAAUGUCAUGUUGCUUGCUAUGAAAAUGGAGGACAGUAGCGAGCAAAGCCGUCCCGAGCGGACAAUCAUGACACCGAAGCAUCUGAGAAGCAGCGUGUGGAAGCAUUUUGGGUUCUACACCAUAGAUGGCAAAGUAGCUAACAAAGAUAAGGCUGUUUGUCGACUUUGUGCGAAACAGCUGUCUUACUCUACAACGACAACAAAUCUGCGGACUCACCUGCUGGCUUGCCACCCAAGUGAAGCAGCGCAGGCACCACAGACGAGCGGAGCUAAGUCAAGUGUACAAGCUCGUCUGACUGCGUACGAUUCGGCAUCGGCACUGUCGGCUUCAGCAGGUCCCAUGUCAGAAGCUCGUAAAAAUGCCAUCACGGAUAAGAUAGCAAGAUUUAUAUGCAAGGAUAUGCGGCCCAUUGAUAUUGUUUCAGGAGAGGGGUUUCAGGAUCUCAUUAUGGAACUGGAGCCACAAUAUAAAAUUCCAAGUCACACCACAAUCUCAAAACACAUAGUACAACUGUAUGACACCACACGGGAAAACAUAAAGACUAAACUAAAGGAUAAGACGCUGGCUCUUACCACAGACGGAUGGACAUCGCUGGCCACACAUGCUUAUGUCACAGUCACAGCUCACUGUAUUUCAGACUCAUGGGAACUUGACAAUUACGUUCUGUGUACUAAGGAGUUGAGAGGAAGCCAUACAGCCGUCCAUGUUGCAGAAAGCAUCAGCAGCACGCUGGAGGAAUUUGACAUCUCUCGUGAAGCGGUUGUAGCGGUCGCCACGGACAAUGCUCUGAACUAUGUGAACGCCAUACGCAAUUUAGGGCUUAUUAAUGUGCCUUGUUUCGCCCACAUGCUAAACCUGGCAGUGCGCAAGGGCCUUGAGGUGAAAGCCGUUGAUUCGGCCCUUUCCAGACUAAAGCAAACUGCAGCUCAUUUUGGAAAGUCUCCAUCAGACAGCUGCCUGCUAGAAGAAAAGCAGGAGCUCCUUGGAUUAAAAAAAGAGAGACUAAUAAAUGACUGUAUCACCAGAUGGAAUACCACCUAUGACAUGAUAUGUCGUGCGUCUCAGCAACAGGCAGCAGUGGCAGCUGUCAUUUGGGAAAAGAAGCUGUCCAAUUUGGAACUUAGCACUUCCGAGUGGUCCAUGGUUGAGCAACUAAAAGACACACUGAAACCUUUCAAAGUGGCAACUCAGGCCCUCUCCACCGAUGCCUACCCCACGGCAUCGGCCGUCCUACCUCUGCAGCAUGUCAUGAUAUUCCAGCUGAGUACUCCUGAUGCAUCGCAUACGUCAGCUAUGAAAGAAGUGAGAGGCAGGAUGGUGGCAAAUUUGAAAAUGCGCUACAGGGAAGAGAGCAGCGAAUGGAUGCUUCUCAAUAAGGCGGCCUUCAUGGACCCCCGGUUCUCUCGCUUAGUCCAUCUUUCACCUGAACAGAGACAUCUAGUCACUGAUAGCUUAUCACAAGAGAUGGAGGAAAAUAAGGGAGACGAUGAUUAUACACAAGCACGAGAAGAAGAAGAAAAGACAGCUGCCCUGGGUGCGAUGGGAAGCCUGUUUGGGGACUUGUACAGCGACAAAUCGAGUGGCAACGGGGACAAAUGCAACAGGGACGAAAUUCAGGAGAUGCAAGCUUACAUGAAGGAGACUCCUCUCUCUGCAGACAGUAACCCACUGCUUUGGUGGAGAGAUACAGGGUGCAAUAGAUACCCGCUACUCUCAAAGCUGGCUCGUAAGUACCUGUGCGUACCAGGAACCUCUUUACGCUCUGAACGGGUGUUCUCGUCAGCAGGUAAUAUUGUAAAUACAAAGAGAGCUGCACUUGAUCCCGAUCAAGUUGAUAGACUUGUGUUUCUGACUAAUAUUAGAAAUUAAGUCGGGCCGUUCAGCUUGACUAUUUGUUCUGUUUUCUGUUGUUUGCUACAUUUUUUUAAUUCAAAGCUAUCAGGAUUCUCUCCUGUUGUCUUUUCUAUUCAGGGAGGCUUUUUCAUCUUAACUCAUAUUACUAUUUUCUUGAUGUUGUGUGUUCUAGGUUGGGAAAAUAGAACAAGAGUUAAAAACCAGGAUCUGUGAACAUAAGUGUUCUACAGUAUUCAUAAUCAUGAUGUUAAAUCCUCAGUGGCUAAACACUUCCAAUAGUCAGAACCACAGCUUGAGUGAACUACACUACAGGGUAUUGAGACCGUGAAGAAGCCACGGAGAGGAGGUAAUAGGGACCAAAUCCUUCUCCAAAGGGAGGCAUAUUGGAUACACUUGGUUGAUAACCCUCAUUUCCCAAUGGGAAUGAGGAGAUUUUAUUUUCUUGUUAUUUAUAAAGUGAAUAUAAUUAGUUUUUUCUUGUUUGUUUUUUUCACAUGAGAAUACUACAUCAUUCCCCUGUUGGGAUGUACUUGGUGUGCUGGUUGUGGUCACCUAUAAUUAACCCCACCUGUGUAUAUUGAUUUUGAAAUUGCCAGAAUACACACUGAAGAAGGGCGUCUUGCCUGAAACGUCUGUGUUGCAAUAUUAAAAAGUCAAGCUGGA